GCGACCAUCAUAUUGGCUGUCAAGAAAGAAGGAAGACACCGCCGAGAGACGGAGGCUCAAAAAAAUCUGGCCCUGGAUCAAACGGGCAUUCCGGAGCGCCACAAUUAUAUACAAUUAAAAAGUUUCUCCUCGUGUAUGUGUAAAAAACGGGCCUCAGGAAUGCCCAGUCGGGAUCUCGCGCGUUAUAACCGCCACGGGAACUCUUCUGUAGCACGGCUGCGAGUCUGACAUCUUUACAUAGCCAUCUUUUUACAGACAAAAGAGGGCUGCGGAGACACCGACCGAGCUGUCCCGAGGUCUUCAGUCUAUGGAAAAAGUGGGAAGGAUGUGGAGCAACCUUAGAAGCAGAUGCCAAACCCUCUUUAACACCAGUGGUUCAGAAGCAAGUGUAUGGAAUAUGGACAUGGAUCACAUCCACUGUGUGGUGGACAUAGAGGCACCUCCUCAUGGAGCACACACAGAUGAAUCCCGGGAUGAUCGGGGCUCAUGUCCUUCACAGGUUACCUUACAAGGAGGGGGACGUAGAGGUCACAACUGUGUGGCAGAUAGUCCUCAAUUUGUUGAGAUCACAAUUGACAAAGAAAGUGAGGAAACACGAAGGGUCCCACUUGUCCGUAGAGAUUCUUAUUCCCGUCAUGCUCCUUGGGGAGGUAAGAAGAAACACUCUUGCUCCACUAAAACACAGAGCUCCCUGGAGGCAGACAGGCGGACAGGACGAUCAAGAGGUGGCUCAAGCAGGCGAGAACGAUGUUAUGGGUCCAGCUCCAUUCAGGAAGCAUGUGAUACUGGAGGAGGGGUCAGUGAGCGGAGUAUAAGCGUUCGCUCUGUACGGCAGCGGCUGAAGGACACUGUAGGCUUAUGCUUGCCCCUGCCAUCGCCUCGCCGACCUCGGCCAGCCAAGAGCCAGGUUACCUCUAAACGCAAGAUCCACAUAACAGAGCUGAUGCUGGAAACUUGCCCAUUCCCACCAGGCUCUGAUCUGGCCAACAAAUGGCAUCUAAUCAAGCAGCACACAGCACCAGUCAGCCCGCAUUCCUCCACUGCAAUGUUGGACGCUUUUGACUCAUCAAAUCCGUCUCCAGAGGAUGAGGAGGAGAGGCUCCGUGAAAGACGUAGAUUAAGUAUAGAGGAAGGUGUUGAUCCUCCUCCGAAUGCACGGAUUCACACACUGGAGGCUACAUCACAGAGAGCUACAGUUUACAAACUGGGACCAAAAAUGGCCCCCUGUACUGGAGAAGGACAUGGGGAGGUCAAAAGUUUGGGGUCUGGAACAGUGGGUUUGUCUGGGCUAAUGGCCCAAGUUGGAGCGAGCGCCUCAAUGCCGCCCCUGCCUUUCGAUUGUGAUUCUGAGGAGGACUCAACCACGCUGUGUUUACAGGCACGGAGGCCCAAGCAGAGACAUGCCUCUGGAGAGGGACAUUCUUCUAGGCAGCCUGGACCCUGGAAGGUUCACACACAGAUUGACUUUAUCCAUUGUUUGGUGCCUGAUCUACUGGCCAUCAUGGCACUUCCCUGCUAUUGGGGAGUAAUGGAUCGCUACCAGGCCGAGGCACUACUGGAUGGCCGACCAGAGGGCACCUUUCUGCUACGUGACUCUGCCCAGGAGGACUAUUUAUUUUCUGUCAGUUUCCGCCGAUACAACCGUUCUUUACAUGCACGCAUCGAACAGUGGAACCACAAUUUUAGCUUUGAUGCACAUGACCCGUGUGUCUUCCACUCCUCAACAGUCACAGGUUUGUUGGAGCACUACAAAGACCCAAGUGCCUGUAUGUUUUUUGAGCCGUUGCUAACAGUACCGCUUCACAGGACCUUUCCUUUCAGCCUGCAGCAUCUAGCACGUGCUGCCAUCUGCAGUCAGACCACCUAUGAUGGCAUUGGUGCCCUGCCACUGCCACCAGCUAUGCAGGAUUUCCUCAAGGAGUAUCAUUAUAAACAGAAAGUACGUGUUCGCUGGCUAGAAAGAGAACUACCCUUUAAGGUGAAAUAAGCCUUGGCUCAGUGGCUGAUAGAGGCAAGAGCAUUGACGGCAAGAGAUUCUGCCAUGUUGGAUCAGAUCAACACCAGGUUUUAGAGAGAUGGCAUAUAUUCAUUUUUUUUUUUAUAGAAAUACUUGGAAUACAUGGUUGGUAAUAAUCAGUAUGUGCUAUUAGACAAGCAUGUUUAUUUGCUGAUCAGGACUGGACUGAACUGGUUUGCUCAGCAUCUUUGACGAUAACAGAUAUGCUUCAGCCUGCCUGUUAAAGUUUCUACAUAUCGCUGCAUUCUCUUUUCAAUUUGACAUUAUGUGGUCCCUAUGAAAUUACAAAAUAACCUAUAUACAGUAAAUGCUAAAAUAUUUUUUAAAGUGUGCUAACUCUAAGUUACAUUCCUUUAAAAUUAAAUUUAGACAUGUAAAACAAGAUGUAUUACAUUAAACAUGGCUAAUUUACCAGCAACUAAUGAAAGUUAUGAGGUGGAAUUAACACUGCGCAGUGUGACUUUCAGCAACCUUUAAAACAGGGCUUGUCUUUUUAAGGCCUAAAUAACUUUUUUUUCCUUGGCCUUUGUCCUCUUUAUGCUUGGGGUCGUCAGACGGAUCAUUCCAUCCACAGAAUCUGGCACAGAUUUUUAAGCUGGAUGCCUUUCCUGUCACAGUCCUCCCAUUUUUUCCAACAGGGAUUAGGACCGGCCCUGCAUGCAGUGGCUGGAUUUUAUGGGCAGUAGGGUUAAGGGUCUUUCAACAGUGGAAACCUGGCAGUGCCAGGACUUAAACCCCCCAACUCUCUGAUCAGCAACCCAGAGCCCCAGCCACCUGAGCCACCCCUGCUUUCCUGAUAAGAAAAAAUUUCUUAUUAUUCACCAGCUACACAGAUUAGUGCUGUAUUGUAAUCACCAUAUAAAAUUGCCAGUUGAUGUGUUUUUUGUGAGUGAAGGACAAACAGGCACUUUUAAGUAAGAAGUGUUUAAAUUGAACGUAUGCAGUAUCAGAGUGUUAAUUAUUCAACCCUGAAUGGGUUCAUAGGUGUCAAACUGUAAACUGGUGGUCUGUUUUUAACACUGAUCUGCGUUGUCUAGUUAGUCCUUUUUGAAUUGUUAAAUAUGCCUGUGGUUUUAUGGGGAAGAAAUAGGUUAUAUUUGAAGGUGUGUACCUUCAGGUCUUCACUAUAGACACAGUAUAUAAAGAUGCCAUUUGUACACUUAUUAGUAUUGAUGGCCUUUUUUAUCAUUUGUGGUUAGUUCCACUAAAAAUGCACUUUUACUCAUUAUGGAGCAUAUUACUCCGAUAUGCUUCCUAUCAUUUUUGUCUGCACUAAAGAGUGAUAUUCAUAUAACACUGUAACAAAUUAUGGCUUAGCCAGCUCUUUUAAUCUUAUAGCCUAAGGGCGCUUUCACAACUAAUAGUCUGUUUGCUGAGACCAAAUUUGAGUGAUUAUUAUACUUGGUUUGGUUUCAUAAUGCACAUUAAACAAAUUACCAAAAAAGCAAAACACUUUUGGGUGAAGAGUGUGUACAUCUGAAAAGUGACCUGUAUUUCUGACCAAUAAAUGAAAGAGUUUUACAAAAGAGCCCAUACAAAUCAUGAAGCUUACUUGAGCAUGGUGAACACAAUGCCAGAGUCAAAUAAACUAGGUAUAUAAAUAUAAUUUUGUCUAACACAUGCAGCAAUAUUAAUUUAGAUUAGUAAAACAAAUGUUACCUGCAAUCUAUAAUACACAUUUUAUCUAGUAUAUCGUAUCCCUGCAGUGUUCCUCACUGCAAUCAAACCGUACUAGAAUUCAUUGCAAACAGGCUGAGAUGGUCUUGGACAGAUCGCUGUUGUCCAAAAUUGAGUGUUUUUGCUGUGGUCUUACUUCUUUCCCUAAAUGACCCUCACAGAGGUGGGGGGAAAUGCACCAGUGCCCAAUAGAAACAGACUAAAUGCUGCAUUAUGUGAAAGCAUCCUUGAAUUAAAUCAUUGGAAAAGUUAAUGAAUAUUUUUGAUAUAGGAAAAGGCCAACCUAAAGUCAAAGCUUCAGAUUAAUGUCAUAAGAGUAUACAGUAUUAAUAUGUAUAGCUGCUCAGGACAACUCAGAGUUUUCUGUGUAAUAACUAUGCUUCAGUAGAAGUGAUCAUUUUAGUGUUUGUGUUUUUGAAGAUCAUCGACCAAAGGUGCGUUUGUGAGCUUUACCUGUAUUUGAGAGGUUUCCAUCAUGUGUCUCUAACUGUUUAACCAUUGCAACAUUUCAAAACUGGGCAAAUGUGUUGUGAGCAAUAUACGCUUUUUGCAAUUUGAAAGUGUCUCCAGGAACCUGAUUGAUGGGUUAAAAAAAGAAAACAUCCUCCAUAUUUACCCUAUUUUCACACUCAAUUAUGGAGUGCAGUGACUUCACACACACAAAAAAAAAUCUGUUACACUUGUGUUCUGUGUGCUGAUUUGUAGGACCGUAAUCUGAAUAAGAUGUUGAUGUAUUGCAAGUCCCUAAAUUCUUAAUGACAACCUGUGCCUUAUUCCUCCCAACUCCUGCUUUCACACUCAGGUUUUGUACUUUUGAAUGAUGUGGCCUGCUCACACAUACACAUGGGUCUUUCUGUUCUACCACUCAGCAAAUGAGCUUCUCCUGGCAGAGUUACACCCUGCCCUGCCCUACAGGCACUAAUCACAGGCUAAAUUUACUAACCUAGCCUCUAAAUUUACCACCUGCUAAAAGGACCAGUCUGUGUUUCUUGAUGGGCUCUAUGAAAAUAUAGCGCACAGGGACUUUUUUUUCCCUUCCUCCCCAGUCCGACCACAUCCUCAGCAUCACCCUCGUUUCGGAUAUGUCGAGCUGAAAGCAGAAAUUCUGUUGUUUGUGUAGUCUGCCCGGCUUCCACGCGAUGCUAAAGUUAGCAUUAGCAAGUGGCUAACACAGGACUCUAUUGAAACAUUUUGAGCAGCCUGUUGUCUUGCUCUCAGGAGCAGGGUGGAGUUAAAAACCUCAAUUAGCCAUUAUUUGGUUAAGGGUUGAGACGGUAUGUUUAAUGGCCAAUGGCCUUUGUAUAUUUAAUACACUCCUUGUCUUCAGGCAUUGUUGGGUGAUUUUGAAAUAGUCUAAGAUGGUGAUAAGGAGGAAUAAAGGUUUUUUUUUUGGUAGUAGUUUAAACUGUGCCUCAUAAUUAUGAUCUAAAACUGUGAGGUCUUCUGUGUUAAAUGUCUCAUAUAAUCUGAAGCUUCUCUGUACUGGGGAAACUUGUCUUUCACUUUGUUCCCUAUGGGAAAGUUGCAUGUGUGAGACGUAGCAGUGCCACAUGUUGCCCAUAUGAACUGUAAAGCAGGCGCAGUGCCAUAAUUACAGAAAAGUAAGGGACGUCGGCUCUCUGCUUUGUUCACAAACAUGUCUAUAUAGUGUUCCUUUAUCCCCUAUAAAGUGUGGUCUCAAGUGUUUUUGUUGAUAGAAGAUUUAUUAAGAAGGAUGACUCUUGGGAUUGACUUUAGGAAAGCCCUUGGUCCUGAGUAUGAGAGGAGCAUGGUCUCUAGAAAGUAAAGUCUCAGCUAAACUUUAGCUUUGGUUAUAGAUACAUUUUAGAAUUGUUUUAUAUAUACAGUAUAUAUAAAUAAGACUUUGGAUUUGUGUUUUUAGAAUUAGUGUCAACAGAGUUGUGUAAUACUUUCAUGCAAACAUAUUAACAAGAUAAUUAUGUUUACAUAACUCUUCUCCCUAAUAUGCAAUGAGUGUGAUGUAACCAUGGUUCACUAUAGUGUCACUUUAAUGCUCUACAUGCACAUUUGCUGCUGUAUGAAUGCACGCGACGUGCUGACAGGGCUUGACAAUGAUGGGCACUAAUGGUUGUCAUUGUGCAUCCCAGAGCGCUUUAUAUGUUUUGACCAAUCACAAAGUCUGUAUCAAAAGGCACAGGCUGGAGGAGCUCUUAUCAGACAAAUAUAGACUGACUCUAAUUAUAUUCCGCCUUUUUGUUGUUUUUUCUUUCAGCUUUCAGCUUUCUAAAACCCGAGUGUUUCAGUGAUGAAGUGUCUGUGUUUACACCCUGACCUUUUAUUCUUUUAACUUUCCUGCUUUUGUCUUUUGCAUAAUUUCAGGUUUUAUUUUUAAAAGCCAAUGAAUACAAUGCUUGUAUUUGUCAUUAUUGGUGCUUUGCGAAUGCUUCAUUGUCUUAAUACUACCAAUAAAAUCAUCAAGUGUAUUCCAUGCAGUAAAAUGAGACCCCUUUAUUGAAGAA